AUGCCCGUGGUGGCAGGAGCUGCCGGUCCUGGCCCCCACAACCCUGGACCUUGCAAGGUCAUCAUCCAGGUCAGCCCUGAAGCAGGACUUGUGGAGUCAUCCCAGAACCAGCCUGUCAUCCUGACACAGGCUCCACUCAACUGGGGGACCGCAGAAGCUCCUACUGCGGUGGCCGGGCAUCCUGCACCACUCUACUUGGUGUCCUCUGGCAGUGGGACACUGACCCAGUGGGUUUGUGGGGACAGUGGUCCGGCGGCCACCUGGAGCCAGUCACCGCCUAAAAGCUCCAGAAACCCCAACAGCGUCUACGAGAACUUCCGGCGCUGGCAGCGCUUCAAGGCCCUGGCCCGGAGGUACCUUCCUCAGACUCCGGACACUGAGGCCCUUUCCUGCUUCUUCAUCCCGGUGCUGCGCACCCUGGCCCGCCUGAAGCCCACCAUGAGCCUGGAGGAAGGCCUGCACCGGGCCCUGCAGGAAUGGCAGGGCAAGAGCAACUAUGACCGCAUGAUCUACUACGACAUGGCGGCCAAGUUCAUGGAGUUUGAGGCUGAGGAGGAGAUGGAGGUGCAGAAACUGCAGUGGACGAAUGGGGUGCAGGGCCUGCCACUCCCUGCCCCACCCAGGCCUGGGCCUCAGGGGGCUCCAGGCCCACGGGUCCCCUCACAUCCCUCUCUUCUUCCUUCCUCCUCAGCCUGUGUCCCCAAGAAGGCCAGACCCCAGGCCCGGGCAGCCCGCCCCAAGACACACAAACCUCAGCAGCCCCCCAAGACCAAGGCCCCUGAGGAGAUCCCUCCUGAGGCCGUGCAGGAGUACAUGGACAUCAUGGACGAGCUGCUUAAGGCCCCCGACUCAGUCUGCAGGGCGCCCCUCGGCCAACAGGCAGUGGACAGGGAGGAGCAGCAGGAGGAGGCUGGGACCUGCCCUGACCCGGGGCUCCUGAGCUAUGUGUACGAGCUGUGCUCCCAGGAGGCCUUCGUCACCAAGGCUGAGGCGAUCCUUCAUCCCAGCUUCCUGGAGUACCUGGUCUCCCCAGAGUCCCAGCUGGAUUUCCCGGCCCUGGCUGAGGAGCUGGAGGAGGAGGAAGGACUCACCCCCGCACAGCUUGUGGAAAAGCGUCUGCAGACCCUGCAGGACAAGGAGGUCAUGAAGGCUCGUCCCCAACACCAGGUGUCCCUAAAGGACUCGAGUCCAGCUGAGAGUGCAGCAGGGGGAACUUUGGCUCUGACUAAAUGGAGACACAGUGAGGUGGGUCAAGCCAACCGAAUCCAUAGUGAGUCUCAAGUGGGACACAGCACAGAGCAGAUGCUUGUGGUUCUCUAUGUACCGAAGAUCCAGAUCCUGGUUACUGCCCCUCCCAAACCUAUAGGAACAGCCAACUAG